AUGGUCGACAAGGGGGUGUGGGCUGCCGUAUCCGCUGACAAGGGGAUCUUUGGAUCUUGGUGUGGGCUUGCUAAGGGUGGUACUGAAACACCUCAAUGGACGAAUGACGCUGUCAAGUCGCUGGCGAGUGACGGAGCGGCUGCAGGUGCACGGAAUCCAGAUGAGAUGAUGGUAACGGUAGCGUGGACCUGGGCAAGCAGGCGCAGCAACGGACACUCCGUAACACAGAAAAUCGUUCAAGAGGGACGAAGAGGGACAAUGAUCACGAUCAAGAAUGCGGUUGUUACGGAAGCAAGAAUUCACGGCAACAUUAAGAUCUGGGAGGGGGGAGUUCUCUACACAUUCUUAACAAGAGGGGGAAGGGCAAGAGGGCUUUUGGAGAAGCAACGCACAACAUCGAAAUACUUUUCUAUUGGAAGUCAAGAGCCAGAAGAGGCUCACUACGAGAUGAUGGGAGCCAGUGAAAAUGGGCGUGGCUUGAGGAAAAUGUGUGUCGCUAUGUGGAGUGAAUGGAAGGGAGGAGAACAAGAACGACAAAGACAAAAGCUGUGGGCCUUGCCCUAG